AUUGAACGAAAAUUUGGACGUUAGCUGGCUACAUGAAGUUUGAAUUCCGUCAAUCUUUUACUGAUUAAAUUUUAAAGAAGAGCAAAAAUUAAAUAUUUAAACGAAGAAAAUUCUAAUAUUGUUAUCACAAAAAAAAUCGUUUUUUUCUCGGAACUGUGACUUAUUUUUCAGAGGUAACCAUAUCUUUUGUCUGAUCUUGAGAAUCUAGUCAGAAAGAAAGACUUCAUGACAAAGUUAUGAAUCGAUUGACCGUGGAGCUGUACGAGUCAUAUUUGGACCCCUCAUUUCGGAAGGGUUCAAUAAGUACGGAUAUUCCAAAAAUUGGAUUAUUAAAACGAGAUUUGGACAAUGAUUUCAAAGCGUGUGAGGGGGAAAAUGUAAACGAUGAACAUAUGAAAGUAUAUCUUAGAGUCAAACCUCAAGAUGAAAAUGGCAAACGGGAAUCGGAGGGACCUAGGGAUAUGGUAGAUAUAACAUCCAAUCGAACCCUAUUGAUGCAUGCUCCAAAGGAUAGCCAUCGUUAUAAAAAUCAAAUUCAUACCCAAGGGAAAGUUCAGGCAUCAAAAUUUACUUUUUCAAGAAUAUUUGAAGAAAAUACAUCUCAGAAAGUAUUUUUUGAUAACACAAUGUUACCUGCAGUUAAGACGUUUUUAUCAGGACAAAAUUCUCUACUUUUUACAUAUGGGGUGACAAACAGUGGCAAAACAUAUACUAUGCAAGGAGAACCUAAAAACCCGGGUGUCAUGCCACGUUCUUUAGAUGUUAUUUUUAACAGUAUAGGAACUAGACAAUGGUUGGCAACAACUGUAAAACCUUUUGGAUUUUGCUCCCUGGUUGAUUUAUCGAAAAGCGAGAUUGAACAAGAGCAAAAGUUAAAAGAAGAUAUUUUAAAAAUGGCAGAUAUACCUCCUCCUCUUGAAGAUGAUUCCGGUAGUUUACCAAAUGCAUCAAGUGUUCCUGAUUCAUCCUCGGAAAUGAAUUCGUUGUCAUCGUUUAAUUCAAAGUCUUCAAUUGUUAGUAGUAAUGCAGAUGACGAGGAAGGAAUAAGGAAAUUUCUUGAAGAAGAAAUUGCUCGCGAAAGAGAAAGUAGUAGUGUGGAGCUAGAUAACGAAGAUUAUUAUUUUGCAGUCUACGCUAGUUACGCAGAAAUUUACAAUGAAUUUAUUUACGAUUUACUUUCUCCUGUUCCCAAGAAGCGUAGAAGAACGGCCUUGCGUUUAACUGAAGAUAAAAAAAAGUUACCAUAUAUUAGAGGUUUAAGAGAAGUACAAAUUACCAAUGCGGAAGAAGCGGCAAAGUUAUUGAUUGUUGGAAAGAAAAAUCUAAAAUUCGCCUGUACCAAAUUGAAUCAACAUUCAAGCAGAUCUCAUGGCAUUUUCACAAUAAGACUUGUUCGAAUUCCUAAAAGUAUAAUUAACAAACAACAGUUAGCUAGUAGUCGAAGCAUUAAAGUCAAUAUGCUGGCAUUCUGCGACUUGGCAGGAGCUGAACGUUCGUCGAAAACAGAAGCUGUGGGAGUUCAAUUGAAAGAAUCAGGGAAUAUUAAUACUUCGUUACUCGCAUUAGGGCGAUGUAUAACACAAUUAAAAAUUAAUCAAAAAGAUACAAGGAAGAAAAAUAUUGUUCCAUUUCGUGAUUCAAAAUUAACAAGACUCUUUCAAAACUUUUUCUGCGGAAACGGAUCCGUUACAAUGAUUGUUAAUAUUAAUCAAUCAGAAAGUGUAUUUGAUGAAACAUUGCAUGCUCUAAAGUUUUCUGCAAUCGCUCAGGAGGUAGUCCUCGUUCAGAAUCAAGAGCCUAAACCACUUUUAGAAAGAUUGGCUAGAACUAAAUCUGCUGAUAUUACCGUCCCCUGGGGAUCACCUGCAACUAUUGCUGCUCAUAUGGAUCCAAAGAAUUUUGGUAUUUACGAUGAAACAGAUGAAACAGAUAUAGAAAGUGAAAAUUCUUCAUUAAAUCACUAUCGUGUCUCUCUAGACGAAGCUGAAGCAACUCCAAAAUGCCAUGCAAACAAUACAUUAAAUACGCUUGACUGCGACGGUAAUUCAACUCUCACAGUGGACGAGAUGCUGAUUUUGUUUGAAAAAUUGGAAAAAGACAAAGAGAAGAAAGAGGAAGAAUUUUUGCUUGAUAGAGAAAAACUGUGCAAAAAUUAUGAUAAUCUUAUCAAAGAGAUAGAAGAGAGACACGAGCAGGAUCUUAUUGAUUUAGAAUUGAGAUUAGAAACGAAAUAUGAGCAAAAAAUUGAAAAUGUUGUGGAUACGGUUAAAAAGCCUAAAAAACGAAGAUGUCUCUUAAAUGACUCACUGUCUGAUACAAGUUCACACGACUAUGAAACACAAAUUGAUGAUCUCAAGAAUAAAAUAAAUGAUUUGGAAUUGCAACUGGACAAUACGAAAACAUCUUAUAAAAAUACUGUAUCCGAAAAUGAAAAUUUAAAUGCUGCUCUAACGAAAUUCGAGCUUCAGUUCGGUUUACAAAGGAAAGAGAAUGAAGAUAUGAAGAAACAGAUCAAGUUUUACGAAGAGAAGUUAAUUGCUGAAAGAAAUUCGAACACAGAAACGGAAAAGAAUUGCAAGAUAUUAAAUAAGAAUAACUUGGAACUUUCAGAAGAGAUAAAGUCAUUAGUCUUAGAGAAAGAAGAGUUAUUAGAAAAAAUUAAAGUAGUGCGAAAGGAAAUUGAAAAUUCAAUGGUACAUGGUGAUGAUAAGAAUAAAAAAAUUACUUCUUUAGAGUCGAUCAUUUCCGAGAAGGAAAUCGCUGAUGCAAAGAAAUGUGAAGAGAAUCGGCAACUGCAAAACCAGAUUUCAGUUUUAAAAGAAGAGCUGCUCAAUGUUCAACAGUUGUAUGACAGUAAAAGUGAAGAAACUAUUAAUUUGAAGAAAGAUUUAGCAGCUUUUGAAAGUGUCGCUGAUCGCAAAGCAUCUGAGAGUGGUUGCUACAAGGAGAAGGUUGAACAACUAGAAGCCUUAAUAUCUGAGAAUCAAUUAAAGUUUGAUGAGAAAAUUAAAAGUAUGGAAACUGAUUUUUCUACAAAUCAACUGGAUUAUAAAACUCAAAUUAAAGAAUUAGAAAAUACUCUUUCUGAUAGUCGAACAAUUUCCAAGCAAAAGUUUGAAAGCUUAGAGAGUGAAUUUUCCGAAAAACAAGAGAAUUUAAAACAAAAAAUUGAGUCUUUACAAAAGCAGCUUUCCGAAGAGCAGGAAAGUUCUAAUCAAAUAAUUGAAAAUUUGAAGAAGCAGCUUGCCGAAAAGCAAGAUUAUUCUGAAAGGAAGACUGAGGAUUUUGAAAGACAAUUUUCUGAAAAAGAAGAACUCUAUCAUAAAAAAAUUGAAUAUAUUGAGAAUCAACUCACAGAGAAAGAAGAAUUUUCCGAAUUAGCAAUUCAAAAUCUAAAAAUCGAAUUAUCGGAUAAAGAAGAAAGUUCUGAUAAAAAAAUAAAGGAUCUAGAGUGCCAAUUGUCUGAAAGUCAGGAAAAUCUUGCACGAGCCACUGAAGAUUUAAAGAGACAGAUCACUAAAAAUAAAGAAGAUUCAAAACAAGAAAUUAAAGUUUUGGAAAAUCAACUCUUAGAAAAUCAAGAAACUGCGAAGCAGCGGAUUGAAUAUUUGGAAGGUGAAUUAUCACAAAAACAAACCGAAUAUGAGGAGAAAAUUACAAAUAUGGAAAACUCCAUGAAGGAAGCACAGAAGAUUUAUGAGAAUCAAUUGAAAGAUUUAGAAAAUAAACUUGUUGAAAAAGAAGCUGAAAGUCAGAAAAGUUCUCAAAUUGAAAUUAAAAAUUUACACGAUAGAUUAGAAGAAACUCAACAAGAUAAUGAUCGAAAAAUAAAAGAAUUGGAAAAUACUUUUUCUCAAAAAGAGACGAAUCUUAAAGAAAAGAUUUGCUCACUGGAAAGUAAAUUAUUUGAUAGUGAAGAUUGUUGUAAAGAUUUUUCGGACGAGAAUGAAAUUCUUAAAAAUCAAUUAAAUAAAUUUGAAAAAGAUGGCGGAGAAAGAAACGUUGAGAACGAAGAACUUAAAAAAACUAUUGCUGAUUUGAAGGAAAAGCUUCUUAAUAGUCGUGCGUUGUGUAAGAGUAGCGAUGUAGAUAAAGAGGUUCUUACAGAACGAGUUGAAGAACUCAAAACUACCCUUAAACAGAAAACUGAUCAAAACGAUCAACUUACUAAAACUGUUGCAAAAUUGGAGGCCGAUUUCAAUGAAUUGAACGCAAUAAAUCAUGAUAGUAUUGAAAAAAUUGAUGGGUUAAAGAGAGGAAUUACUAAACUUGAGAGUGAACUUGAUAAUUCUGAAAAAGAGAAUGACGAGUUAUCGCGAAAAUUAAAAGAUACGGAAGAAGAACUUAAUUCUUCGAAAUCUUUAUACGUUAAAACAAUUGAAGAGAAUAAAAGCCUUAUUGAAGAUAUGAAAAGCAGAGAAUUAGAAUAUAACGAGAAAUUGAAAACGACGUUAGAUAAUCACUACGAUAUAGAGAAACUACUAGAUGAGUUGAGAAACGAACAAGAGGAAAAUCAUAGAUUAGAGGAGACAAUUAAAUCUCGAGAUGAAGAAUUGAAAAAACUUGAAUCUGGUCUAAAAGAUCAAGAUAUGGUUAUAGAAGAUCUCGAUUUGAUUAUAGAUCAAAAGACCGAAGACAUAAAGUCGCUUAACGAAAGAAUAGAUUCUUUGUCGGAAGAAUUGAAUUCCUUUAAAAAUUCUCAUGAAUUUAAAAAUGCCGAAGUCUUAGAAACAAAAACAAGAUUACAAAAUGAAAUUGACGAAAUGAAUAAUAAAAUUAUAAACGAUAGAAAAAAAUAUAACGAUCUAUGCGAAAAAUUGAAAAAUGAACGUGAUAAAUUCUUAAUGGACUCUAAAGUUUUCGAAGCUGAAAGUAGUCGAUUAGAGAGCGAAAAUCAAGAUUUGAAAACGAAACUCUCUAAUAUGGAGGUCAGCGAAACGAAAGUACACAAUAGCGAAGAGACUGUUCUGGCUUUAAAAAAGAAGUUUAAGGCUCUCGAAGAGAAAUGCACAGUGCUGAAAGAGAGAAAUGAACAAUUAAAAGAAGAGAAUAAGAGUCUAGACGAAAAUACAACCAAAUUUCGAAGUGAAAAAGAUCUUUUAGUUCGGCAAAUUGAAACAAUUAUGAAGGAAAAAGAUGAAAAGAUUAAUCUACUUACUGAAGAAUUAGAGCAGUUAAAUAACAUGAAAAUGAAAGAUUAUCAAGCUAAGGAUGACACACCCGAAAAGCCGAAACCGAAAACAAGGAAAAAACGAAUUACAGUUGCUGAUGAAAAUGAAAAGAAAGAAAAAGCUGUAAGAAAGGGGAAAAAAAAGAAACCGGCCACUGAGCCUAUAACACUUGAUUUGAAUGAUUCAUCUUGCGUAAUCGACCUUAGUAGUUCUGAAUCAUCGAAAAAUGAGUUUCCGAAACUUCGACCCAGACGGGGUGGUAGAGCUAAAAUAUCGCACGAAGAUGGAGUUCUUACUCCAGCAACGGAGAAUCUUUUAAGCACACCUAGCGCAGAUUCAAAGUCUUUAACCGCUCCACGAUCGUCUAGACGAGUAAAAAAGACGAGUUGUUUAUUAGUUACAUCACCAGAUGAUGUUCGUAUAAUGAAAUAAUUUAUAAAUAUCUUUUAAAAUAUGAAUGUUAUUGACAACAGAUCAAUGAUUUGCCAUAUAUGCCACCUGCCAGGCAAAGAAGGAGAGGGAAAGAAUCCGCUAUUUGAUGCUGCUAUCUGAUGCUUAAAUUAUUAUCACUGUUGAAAAUGCAUUUUAUCCUAUAUAGCUGUCAAUAUGUCAAUAUUGUACGAUAGUGUCAAUAUCUUUCUAAAAUAUUAUAUUCCUCAAACUGUAACAUAAAAUGUUCUUUUUU